AUGGCAGAGAAGACUAAGAAACCGCCAUCAGUGGAAGUGUUGGAGCUGUUGGCAGCUAGACUUUCAGCCCUAACCAACCUUCUUCAGUCAAAAAAAAAAGUUUCAGCCCUAACUUUUCAUAAACUCAAAUUUUUUCUCUCUCUCCCCUGCGCAGCCGCCUCUCCUUCAACCCAUUCUCUGCCUCUCCUUCAAUCCAUUGUUACAGGCCUAACUGUUACAGCAGCCCGGUACCAGUCCACACAAGGCCAAGCUUCUCUCUUUUCCAUCACUGUUGAACCUCCAUUGCUUCGAGAACCCAGUAGAGUUACUAUUCUUCCAAAGCUCCGGCGACUCUUCAAGCUCGUCCGAUUCCGACGCCGACGAAGAAGACCCAUCUCGCUCUUCAACAAAAAAACUUCCUCCCUCUUUCUCGUGUGUGAAGCUGUCCCAAGUCCCAACUCUCAUGGAGUGAAGGUCUCUCUGAAGCAACGAAGCCACUGGUCGGAUCGGUGGUUCCGACGGUACUUGGCCAUUGUCUCAUCGGAAAAUCCCCAAAAUCCCCUUUGUCCUCCUCUUUCUGGAAUGGAAGAUGUUCUGGCGAGCUAUGUUUUUGGGAAGAAGAAGACAACAGAAGUUGCUCACUUAGAGGACCAUGAGGAUCUUUCAGUAAAGGUGAAGUCAAGGCUCAAGGUGUCUCUCUGAAGCCUGCUAAAACCCUGGUCGUUUUGGGAGAUAGCUAUGACGUGGGAUUUUCGUGUUAGAGCAGUUAUCUCUGAGCAUGCCCGGCAGAAUGGUGGAGGGAACUUCAGCGUGAAAUUCGGAACUUGGGAGAACUUUCUCAGUGCUGCUUGAAUCAUUUGCAUAUAAUCUAUUUGUACAAUUACUCUCGAUAGGCACUGAGGCAGGUUCAGCCAGAGUUGAUGAAAUUAAGUAUUGUCUGCUAAUUGUAUCAGUUGGGAUGCUUGUAAAGAUUUGUUUAUAUGUUGAUUUAUUAUUGUUUUUGUAAUAUAGUUAGCAUCUUGGUAUAUACUUGUAUAGAAUAUGCUGACCAAAGUACUUAAGGUAUGCUGACCAAAGCUGUGUAAUUCUGGAAUAUUGAUCUGAAACUUAAGAAAACCAACCUGGUCUCACUUGUAGUUACUCCUACAAGGCUUUUGUAGAAUA